AGACAUAGACAGAGCGUCUGGAAAUUUCCGAAGAUAAUUCCUAGUGGAGUCAGCUCUUGCGCGUACUCGUAAACGAACAACUUCAAGCAGAGAAAUUGACAUAAGUGCGCGUGUACGGAAUAAGCGCGGCCACUUUCACGUUAUUUUUUGUGCAUUUCUGUUCGUGUCGCUCCUAUUAGGCCACGUCAAAAUUAAUUUCUUCGUUAUCUGAAGUGCAACGUGUAAUUUUCCGAUGUUCGAAUUCACCGUGAGGAAAAAUGUGAAGAAUGUAUUGUAGCUGGCAACGUCGGUGUAUCGAGGCCGUUUGACAAAACAGAUAGUACUCAGCUCAAGUACUAUUUUUAUUCCAGUUGUUAACCUCGGUCGACACACUCGCGAAAAUGUCAUUCGAAGGGAAAUACAACGCAAAAAGUCCCGCUGUGAAAAGAUUAAUGAGAGAGGCCCAAGAGCUUCAUGAAGCGACGGAAGAAUAUUGUGCAUCUCCUUUAGAAGAUAAUCUUUUUGAGUGGCAUUUUACUGUGCAAGGACCACCAUCCACAGACUUUGAAGGUGGUGUUUAUCAUGGUAGAAUUUUAUUGCCACCGGAAUAUCCUAUGAAACCUCCAAAUAUUAUAUUAUUAACACCCAAUGGCCGUUUUGAAACCAAUAAAAAGAUUUGCUUAAGCAUUUCUGGGCAUCAUCCGGAAACAUGGCAGCCUUCAUGGAGCAUCAGAACAGCUUUAUUGGCUUUAAUUGCUUUUAUGCCAACACCAGGAAAUGGGACAAUCGGAUCUUUAGACUAUAGUAAAGAGGAAAGGCAAAAACUUGCAAAAAAAUCACUAAACUGGCAAUGCGAUACUUGUGGGAAAGUUGUUGAUUUAUUGUCAAAGAACACAGUUAAAAAACCUAUUACAGUAGAAGAACAAACUAUGUUAAACACAAUAGCAUUAAAGGCUGAUGACUCACCAACAUCAGACACAUCUUUUUUAGUCAAUUCAGAUAGCAUUUCAGAAAAUCAACUGAGACAACGUAACAUCGAGCCGAUUAUUAAUGAGAAUCAAGAUCGACAGCAAUCGGAUAUUAUAGUAAAUCAACAGGUGGAAACAAUGUCAUCUUCGAACGAUUUAUUCUGGAGCAUCCUGAUCGCUUCCUUGGUGUCAGCAAUAAUUCUACUUGUUUUGCGACGGCUAUUUCUUGUUUAAAUUAUUCUAAAUGUAACAAAACGUUGUAAUUGUAAGUAUGUUAACAAAACAAAGUAAAUUUUAUACACAUUUUAUGAAACAUUUUUAAAAUUAAAAAUUAGAAAAGGAUGUCAAAUUUAUACACGCUAGAAAUAAUCAGAACUUCAUGGAAAUAAUAUAUGACAGAGAUUGCACUGAUA